AUGGCUAUUGACUUACAUAAGCAAGGAAGAGUCGUCAAGAGAUCUGUCGUUAGAUAAACCAAGUCCACCAACGUUUAUCACAAGCUCUUGAUCAAGCUCUACAAGUUCCUCGUUAGAAGAACUGACUCUAAGUUCAACUAAAACAUCUUGAAGAGAUUAUCCUCCUCCAGAUUAAAUAAGUUCCCUCUUUCUUUGAGCAGAAUCGUCAAGAACCUCAACGAAACCAACAAGGAAUAAGUUAUUGUUAGCACCUCCACUGUUACCAACGACGAAAGACUUUUGACUGUCCCCAAGCUCACUGUCUGUGCUCUCAAGUUCACUGAAACCGCUAGAAAGAGAAUUCUCGCUGCUGGUGGUAAGUGCCUCACUUUCGAUCAACUCGCUCUUAAGGCUCCCACUGGUACCAACUGCUUCCUCUUGAGAGCUCCCAAGAGCAGAGAAGCCUACAGACAUUGGGGUAAGGCUCCCGGUCAAAGAGGUUCUCACUCUGCCCCCUACGUUAGAUCCGAAGGCAGAAAGUUCGAAAGAGCUCACGGUCUUAAAUGA